AGUAAAAUUUUACAAAAAAUAAACUUAAUUAAUUUCUUAAAAUUAUUAAAAAAUAUAAAAAAGGGGACUCAGUUAUUAGAAAUUUAUGCCCUGGAAAUUCAAAUGUACACUGCGCAAAAGAACAAUAAAAAAUUGAAGACUUUGUACGAACAGAGUCUGCAUAUCAAGAGUGCUAUUCCUCAUCCACUUAUUAUGGGAGUUAUCAGAGAAUGUGGUGGCAAAAUGCACCUCAGGGAAGGCGAGUUCGAGAGAGCACACACUGAUUUCUUUGAAGCUUUUAAAAAUUACGAUGAAUCUGGAUCUCCGAGACGUACAACGUGUCUUAAAUAUCUCGUUCUUGCUAAUAUGUUGAUGAAAUCAGCAAUAAACCCAUUUGAUUCACAAGAAGCCAAGCCCUACAAAAACGAUCCUGAAAUUUUAGCAAUGACUAAUUUAGUAUCAAGUUAUCAAAAUAAUGAUAUUGGUCAGUUUGAAGAUAUUCUCAAGCAAAAUAGAAACAAUAUUAUGGAUGAUCCAUUUAUUAGAGAACAUAUUGAAGAUUUAUUACGUAAUAUUAGAACUCAGGUCCUUAUUAAACUAAUCAAGCCUUAUACAAGAAUUCACAUCCCAUUCAUUAGCAAAGAAUUGAAUAUUGAUGCAUCUGAAGUUGAAAGUUUGCUUGUUUCUUGUAUUCUCGACAGCAGCAUCCGAGGCCGUAUCGAUCAGGUGAACCAAGUGCUUGAAUUGGACAAAAAGUCACUGUGUGCAGCUCGUUAUAAUGCUCUUGACAAAUGGACAAGUCAAUUACACUCAUUGCAUCUCGCGAUCGCUAACAAGAUGUCAUAA